AGAGUGAAUCACUGCUUUCGAGGACGACUCGCUCGCUCUCCCUUCCUCUCUUUUGCGCGCGCGCUCUCUCUUCGUCUCUUCUCCCGACACCAGAAAAGAGAAAGAACUCCCGAUCAUCCACAGCAGCUCCUCUUUAGCUCACUCUCGCUCCUCUUUCGCGCUCCGUGCUCAAGUUCGUCCGUUAAGCUUUGAUUCUCUGUCUUAGCGCAGGUGUUGAGCGCACCUGAGCGCAGGUGCUCCAGACACGCGCACGCACAGUCCUGAGUUUGGCGGUCCGCAGCGUGAGCGCGCACAUGGCCGCGCUGAUCACCUCUUACUCCUCGUGGCCCGAGAGCUUCGAGUGUCCCGCCGCGGGAGACGGAGACGGCGUGGACGCGCGCGUGGGGCAGCGCGCUCCCGCGGACAGGGCGCCGGAGCCGCGCAUCCGCAGACCCAUGAACGCGUUUAUGGUGUGGGCCAAGGAUGAGCGCAAGAGGCUGGCGGUGCAGAACCCGGACCUACACAACGCAGAGCUCAGCAAGAUGCUGGGAAAGUCCUGGAAGGCCCUGACUCCCACGCAGAAGAGGCCGUAUGUGGAGGAGGCAGAAAGGCUACGGGUGCAGCACAUGCAGGACUACCCAAACUACAAGUACCGUCCCCGUCGGAAGAAGCAGCUGAAGCGUAUCUGUAAGCGUGUGGACCCUGGCUUCCUGCUGACUGGCCUGGGCCCUGACCAGAACUCUCUGUCAGACCCGCGUGGUUGCUGUCACCCCAUGGACAAAGAGGAUGAAGGUGGAGUGGGUGGCAGCGGUGGAUUCUCCUCACCCAGUGCAACUUUGCCCGGCGUGAGGGUCUUCAGGGACCCCGCAAACUCCAGCAACAACUUUGACACGUAUCCUUAUGGCUUGCCCACUCCACCUGAGAUGUCCCCUCUGGAUGCGGUGGACCACGAGCACUCUUCCUACUACGCCUCCUCCAACUCCAUCACCAACAGCUCCUGCUCGUCCUCCAGCUCCGGCCCGGAGGAUCGGCGCCCCACACCAGCUCACAUGAGCAGCCCUCCGCCAUACCACCCCGACUACUCCCAUCAGCCAUCUCUCCACUGUGGCAGCACCCAUCUGGGCCACAUCCCCAUGUCCCACCAAGGUAGUGGACCCACCCUUAUUCCCACUCCUCCACUCUCAUACUACAGUGCUUCGUUCCCUCAGGUCCCUGUCCACCACGGCCUCCAGGGCCACUUAGGCCAGCUUUCGCCCCCGCCCGAGCAGGGCCACCUGGAGAGCUUGGACCAGCUUAGCCAGGCCGAACUGUUGGGAGAGGUGGAUCGUGAUGAGUUCGACCAGUACCUGAACUCCACCAGCUAUCAUCCCGAACAGGGCGGGAUGACCGUGACAGGACACAUCCAGGUAACGCCGGCAUCUACCUGCCCCAGCAGCACCUCGGAAACCAGUCUCAUCUCCGUACUGGCCGACGCAACGGCCGCCUACUACAACAACUAUGGCAUUUCUUAAAGAACGAGACAAAGUGAAAGACACUAUGUGUGGACAGAGACCAUGGGCUGUAAAUGGGUCACCGAUGUGAUUGGCAGGUAAACAAGGAAGGACUGAAGUAGGGGAGGAAAAGAGAAGCUACAGGAUGUCAAGGGACACCUCAGGGAUGCAUAGAUAAAGCUCUAAAGUUCAUUCCCAUCUUUGUUUCCAAGAAAAGAAAGGAAGAGAAUAGAGCAACUGGACAAACUGUUAGUCCUGCUGAAAUGUUCUCAGACAUUGCCACAGAUACUUGUACAUUUGCUCUACAUCUUAUUUAUGUAUCUAAAUGUUUUUUUUUUGCAUUAAUCCAUAUUGUAAUGCUGUUUUUUUCUGUCCUAAUAAUCAUGCCUUUAUGACAAACCUCAGUUGUUUUACCUCAAGACACUGUAUUUAAAUGAGGCUGGACUCUUCUACAAGAUCUUCAGGACUCAUGAAGGAAAUCUCCUUUUUUCUAUCAACACCCAUAUGAAUAUAUAUUGUACUCAUAAAUUGUUACCAAGAAAAUAAUAAUGAUGAAUAUUAUUGUAUGCUGAUUUAGGUUUGUGACCUUAAUUUAAUUCAAAUAAAAUACCAAAUUUCUACCUUGAUAUCUCCACGGAUAUUCGUGUCAUAUGGAUGACCAAAAAAAAAAAAUAAGAGGAAAAAACAGUGAACUGAAGAUCAUAUUUGGAGGAUCAUUAUAAAGGACAUGCGCUGACGUUCAUUUUCGUGACGAACUGCAUUGUGUUCAAGUAAGAACAGCACAGUGACACUGUCUGUUGUUUCGGACAAGCUGAAACUAAGGCUUUGUAGAUGUUUUGUGAAAUGAAUGAUCUGGGAAGCUGAACUAGGCGCCAGAAAAUAAAAACAACUUUAAACACA